AUGUACAAUGCUUUCAAUGUUUCAUUAGCUUUAGAUAAAUUACCAUAUAAAAUAGAAUCGAUUUUCGCUCUUGGUCGGGAGUUAUUUAUAGGAACUUCCACAGGUGCCUUGUACGUUUAUGAAGUAAAAGAGCCUUUGGGGGAUGAAGGGUUGAAGGUAGACUUAAAGGAAGCCUUUAAGAAUUUUUCCAAAAAGCCCAUUGAACAAUUGGAUAUCAUUAAGGAGAUUGACGUAUUAAUAUCACUUUCCGAUGGACAUAUAAAUAUCUAUGACUUAAACACCUUUGAAUUAAAAAGGCAAUUGUCUAAUAUACGAGGCGCAAAUAUAUUUGCCACUUCCCAUGUUGAAACCAGUGAGGAUGAAAGUAGUUAUGGGAUUCCAAUAACACGUCUAGCAGUCGGUGUAAAAAAAAAAUUGUUUGUCUUUACCUGGCGGGAUUUAGAAUUCACUGAUACGAAGGAAUAUUUAAUUCAUGAUAGGAUUAAAACAAUGGUUUGGGUUAGUGACGAUAAAGUUUGUCUUGGGUUGACGAACGAAUAUAAUUUGAUAAAUGUCGAUUCUGGUGAGAAAAUCGAGAUAAUGACCUUGAAUAAUGCGCCAGGAGCCGCCUCAUUUAGUUAUAUGGGAAUGUCCAUUGGUUCAAAAAUCAACAAACCGUUAUUGACGAGAUUACCUAAUAAUGAAAUUCUGUUGGUUAAAGAUAAUGAGAGUAUUAUUGUUGGACUUGAUGGAAAACCUACUCGGAAGGCAGAAAUUGACUGGUCAGGAACGCCAGAAGAAAUAGGAUAUUCUCAUCCGUAUCUUAUUGCGAUAUUACCGAAAAACGUGGAAGUCAGGAAUAUUAUAACCCAAACUUUGGUCCAAACUGACGAACUUCCUCAAGCACGACUCAUUAACCAAGGCAAAUAUUUAUAUGUUGCCAGUAAUGGUAAUGCUUGGAGAUUCAUUCCGUUAAGCUUCGAAAGACAGAUUGAUCAAUUGGUUGAACAAAAUGAAUUCGAGGAAGCUUUAAGUCUAACCAGACAAACUUUGCUUGAUGACAAGGAUGCAAAACUUCGAGAAAUACUUGGACUUCGCGCGCAUUAUCUUUUCCGUCAGAAUGAGUUUGAUAAAGCCAUUACAAUUUUUCAAGAUUUAGAUGCAGAUCCUGCAGAAGUCGUUGCAUUAUAUCCCCCAUCAAUAUCAGGAGCUCUUUAUAAACCUAUACAACGUCCAAAAAUUAUUAAAUCUUCAGAUGAGAUUAAAUUUAAAGAUAAUGAGCAAGAUUCUCUCGUUGAAAUGAAUGAUGAUCAAGAAGUUGUUUUGGAAAAUGAAAUAGACGCUGAAAAUUCGGAAGUUCUUGAGGGAAAACUUUUGGAAGAAGCGGUUCAUACAUUAAUAAAAUUUUUGACAGAUCGCCGGCAAAAAUUAUUUAAAGUUCUUAAUUAUAACCAAGGCUCCCAAUCAUUUCAAACUAAUUUAGUAAAUGGUGAUUUGAAUCACUUUUUGAAACUCGCAGAAUUGGUAGACACAACUCUCCUAAAAUCUUAUAUGGUCAUCAAUGAUGCAUUGGUUGGUCCACUUCUUCGUGUAAAUAAUUAUUGUAAUGUCGAGGAAGUAGAAGGACUGUUAUUAGAACGUAAGAAAUACCGAGAAUUAAAAGACUUGUAUCAUGGAAAGGGCUUACAUCGAAAAUCUCUGGAACUUUUAAAGAAGCUUGGACAAUCUUCAGAAGGUCCAAUGACUGGCACCUUUCAUACUGUAUAUUAUCUUCAACGACUUGGAUCGGAAAAUUUUGAUUUAUUAUUAGAAUUUGCAACAUGGGUAUUACAAACCAAUCCUGAUGAAGGAAUGGAAAUUUUUAUUGAUGAUCAUCCAGAGGUCGAGAAUCUUCCAAGAGAUAAAGUAUUGAAAUAUCUCGAAGAUAUUUCAUACGAUUUGUGUAUAAAAUAUUUAGAACAUAUCAUAUAUGAGCUUAAAGAUCGAACUCCAGAUUAUCAUAAUAAAUUGGUCAUAGAUUCCUUAUUGGAAGAGAUUAAAGAUACCAAUCGAAGUUUGUUGAAAUUUUUGGAUGAUUCAACUUUUUAUAAAGCAGAAAAAAUACUAGGGCGUCUACCUUUAGAUGAUUUUUAUGAAGCCCGCGCAAUUCUUCUGAGUCGUAUUGGUCAACAUGAUCAAGCUUUAAUUAUUUAUGUACACAAGUUAAAGAGUGAGAAAUUGGCAGAGGAAUAUUGCAUCAAGAAUUAUAUUGAAACUGACGAUCCUACAAAAAAUGUAUUCAUAUCAUUAUUGAAAAUAUAUUUACGACCAAAUAAUGGUGAAAAAAUAAUGUUGGACCCAGCUAUACGGUUAUUAUCGCGGCACGGUUCUUAUGUUAAUGCUUCUGAUGCUUUGAAUAUGCUUCCGCACACAACAAAAGUAUCGGAAUUAUCUCAAUUUGUCGAAAGAUAUAUUAGGGAAAAUAAUAGGAAUAGAAAUAUGAAUAAGAUCGUUAAGAAUUUAUUAUUGGCUGAUAAACGCCAGGUUGAAGAACAAUUAAUGUUUUAUCGAUCUCGGAGAGUUAAAAUUGAUGAGGAUAAGAUGUGUCCACAAUGUACACGUCGUAUUGGACACAGUGUAUUUGCUGUAUUUCCCAACGGUGUUGUUGUACAUUAUCAUUGUAAAGAGAAGUAUUCACUUUCACAUGAUACGACAAUAUGA